GAAAUUUAAUCGCUCAAUGACGCAUGUCCUUUAUGAGCUCUAGCGCAAGUGUGUUGAGGAUGGAUAGUCUUAAUUUUUAUUUGUAGUCUAAUUCUACCAAGUGAGGUAGAAGUUAAAGUAUACAUCUGAAACUACUGACAUUUGUUGAACUUAAAUUCUUUUUCAUUAUCGAAUUGCUGAUUUUACGCUGAAAACUGUUAUUUUUUAAUUGUUUCAGGAGCGUCUGAGAGAUUUCGCUAAUUUCUAAGAGUAAAAACAUGUCGCUUUCAUAUGUUCAAUCGCCGAAGGCAAGACCAUCUCCUUCGCCAGCUCAAAUACAAAAGAUGUUAGAUGAAAAUUCACAACUGAUUCAAGCUAUUGUUGAUUAUCAAAACAAAGGGAAAGCUAAUGAAUGUUUGAACUUUCAACAGGCUUUGCAUCGUAAUUUGGUAUUUUUGGCCUCUAUUGCUGAUGCAGUUCCUAGUGUUCUUCCUCCACCUCCAGGGCAUCCAGGACAAAUGCAUGGUCCUCCCAGUCAACCAGUGCAGAAUAAUGAAGCUCCCUUCCCAGGUCAUCAAAACCAACAACCUGGAGGCAACAUGAAUCAAAAUCAACCCAUGCCUCCUUGUGGACAAAAUAUGAAUGCAAAUCAGCAGCAUGGACAGGUGCCUAAUGCUAUGCCAAAUGCAUUUAGUUCAGCUCAACAGCCUCCUGUGGCUCAACCUCAUCAAUCUCUUCCACCUGGUGGGGCUCCUCCAAGCAACAAUCCCCCUCAUGCACCUCCUCAUCCACCUUCAUCUGGAAAUUCUAACUUUCCUUCUGGUCCACAACCUUCUGGAACUCCCCCACAUUCUCAAAUUCCAAAUGCUCAGAAUACGAACCAACCUCAUGGGGGACCAGGAAAUGUGCCGCCUAAUUUCAGUCCUGCACCACCUCAGCCACCCAUAACACAAUCACAUCCAAAUAUGCCACCAAAUCAAAAUGUUGGUGGGAAUCUUCAUGGCCCUGGUGGAGUUUCUCAGAAUUACAAUUCGCCUACUCAUCCUCCUGUUGGACAUUCUCCUGGCCCACAUCAGCAACAACAGUAUCAGCAGCAACAGCAGGGUCCUUUUGCUCCAGGACAGCCACCACAGCCUCCCCCACAUAAUCAGUACAACAGCUCUUCUCCUCAAAAUACUUAUGGCCAGAAUCACCCAUCAUCCAACUACAAUUCAUCCACUCAAAAUUAUGUACCGGUAAAUCAACCACAAGGUUAUGGACCAAGUUCUUCACCUCAUCCUCAAACACCUCAACAACAACAGCCCCAAGCUCCUCCUCAACAACAGCCACAACAAUCUCCUCAACCUCAACAACAGUUACAGCAACAACAAUUACAACAACAACAGCAGCAGCAACAACAACAACUCCAACAGCAGCCUCAGCAACAUCCUCAACACCAGUCUCAACAACCACAGCCUACACCCUCCCAACAGCAGCAGCAGGUACCACCUCCACACCAGCAACCAAAUAACCAGCCGCCUGGUCAGAAUUACCCAAACCAGCCUGUGAAUCAACCGCCGGGUAAUUUCAACGUUCCUCCCAAUUCCUCCUCAUCCCAACCGCAAGUGUACACGACCCAGUCCUCACAAACUUACAACCAGCCCCAGCAGUAUGGGCAGCAAUCCGCUAACUCGCCUUCCCAGUGGUACCAGAAUCAAAACACCCAAUCGUACCCAUCUGCUACAUCUACUCAACCAAGCUAUUCCAUGUCCCAAGGUGGUUAUAUGGGACAUUCUCAGAAUUUUUCUUCUGCUCCAAAUAGUUCAUAUAAUUCUCCACCCACCACUGCUCAGUCCAACUACGGACCCUCGUCACAGCAGUCGAAUUAUAUCCACCCAUCAGCUGGUCCAAAUGUUCAGGGUUCAACACCCCCACCUGCUCCAGCCCCCCAGAAUCGUUUCCCUUCUAAUUACGCUCAGAGUAAUUAUUCUCACUAUCGGCCGGCUUCUCAGGCGCAGCCCGGAGGAAUGGGCAAUCAAACCCAUCCCAAUAUGGGUAAUCAAAUGGGUCCUCCCUCCGUUCACAGGCAAGCUCCUCCAAAUAACAACUCGCAGAAUUACAGUUACGAACAAAAUCAAGGUUAUGGUUAUCAACAACAGUAAGGCACGCCAUCAACACCACUAUGAUGAUUAUUUAACUAUUAUUUUAGAGUGAAUGUGAUACUCUAAGAUUUUGACUGCAAAACAGUGCAUAUUGCAGUGCGGCUAUGAGGGGAACUCCUCCCAGACUAAAAGUCUUGGACUGUCUGCUACUAUGGUAACAAGCGAGAUCACAUCUCUGAUGUGGGUGAAAUGAAGGAAAGAAGGUGUCGAUUGGUUUACUCACGCCGGUCUAUGCCAAAAUUAAGGCAAAAAUAUUCACCUCACACCCCUAUUGGUAAUGACUUUUCCUCGUAACCAUAGUACGCCGACCUAGGCCAAGAUUAAGGCAAAACUGUUCACCCCUAUUCGUAAUAACUUUUCCUCGUAACCAUAGUACAAUGCGAGACUUGUGUCUGGAGAAGUUCUCCUGAAAGUUGCACUAUACAUUAACCAGAAGAAAUAAAUAAAUAAAAAUUAGUUAAAAACAUGCACUGAAUUAAGUGAUAUGUAAUAUUACUUUUAUAUUAUUGUAUAUAUGAAAUAUUCAUUGCUAUUGUCUUGUGGUUUUAAAGGAAUCAAUACUUUUAACUUGAUAAUUCUUUAAUGUAAAUUUUAAUUAUUAGGAAAAGUUUUGUCACUAUUUUUUAACAGUUUUGGUUUCAAUAAUAAGUUUCCCUCUCCCACUCAGUGUGUUGUGCAAUGUAGCAAAAAAAUAAAUAAUGAAAUAUGUAUAAAUAGUUAAAAUAUUGCUCAUAAAAAUGUAUUUAAUAAAAUGAAUUUUGGCUUAGUGACUUAUAUCUGAACACACUAAAGAUGUGCCAAAAAUCAUACUUGCCUUUGUUGGAUUCAUUUGAACAUCCGAUUAAUUGUUUCUCAUCUUAAAUUUUAUAUAAAUUGUGUUUAAAUAUCCCUAGAAUUUAAUAUGUAAGAAAUGAAAAUAUUGUAAUUCCUCUUAUUUUUUAUUAAUCUCACUUUUUUUUAUUAAUCCCAGUGUGGCUUAGAAAAGGUAUUUAAAAUUAAAAACCAAAUCUCAAAUUUGUAGUGUAGUUUUGGAAAAAGUGUAAACUUAAAAUUGAAAAUAUCUACUUUUUAAAGUAGGUUUAAAUCAAAGUAAAGACUUUUUUUUCCUUACGUUUAAAACAUCUGUGUUAAUCAUGUUUGAAACAUUGAAUGAAAAACUUGUUUUAGAACCUGAGAGGUUUUUUAAUAAUGUUUUCUAACUUGCUCUUUAAUGUAUACUUGUAGUUUGAUACAUGUCUAAAAAAUAUUUACUGUUUUUAAUCUUUUUUCAAUUUAGAGUUUUCUGCUUUAAAUUUUUUUUAGGUACUUUGGAAUUAUCUGUCGACGCUUGCGAAAAUGCGCAAAUCCUCUUAUCAUUCUAAACACAUUUGAUUUAUCAAGUAAUAAUAAAAUAUUAAUUACAAAAAAAAUGUAAAAAUAAAUAACAAAAAGAAUCAAAACAGAGUAGAAACUUCUAAUUUUUUUAUAAUUAACAUUGAAUUAUUAUUGAACUUAACCAUAUAUAUUAUUAUAAAUCAUUUCGUCUGCCAAUAAUCCUUGAUAGCGCAAGCAAACAAGUUAUCCUCCUUGUGUAGUCGCUGCUAAGGAAAUCCCAAAUUCGGAUCAUUUUGUUGUGUAGUAAAAAUGCAGUAUAUUUCAACAAGCUGAAGAAAACUAAUUCGCAUAGUCAAGGAUUACACGUUAAAUAAGAUAAAAUUUGUGGUUAUUGGCGUAGAAUCAACCUUUUGGUGAUAAUAUCAGGUUUGGGGGAAAUGGUCGACGGAAUACUCCCAAAGUUCGAAAACGGUCGAUGGGAUGAUCCCAAAGUGCCAUUUUUUAUUUAUUUUUGCCAAGGUAGCAUGUUUGUAACAACCUUGACAAUGCUUUUAAAAGCUACUUUUACUAUAUUUUUUUAUUAUUUAACCAAAUAAAUCAAUUUUAUAUCCGAACAAAAAUAUAUACUAUAUGAAAGAAGUGAAUGUAUAAUUACUUCUUUUUUUCCUCCUGAUGUGUAGUCUAUAUUUCUCCCUAUUAAGUAUUUUUCUCAUAUUUUGCAUAUUUAUCUUUUGAAUAUUUUAAAUAAAUUAUUGGUUUUCUUAUA